AUGUUGAAUAUGGAUUCACAAGCUGCCGGAGAAGAAAGAUUGCUUCAACUAAAUGAAUUAGACGAGUUUCGCCAUCAAGUGUACGAAAAUGCAAAGAUUUAUAAGGAGAAAACCAAAAUGUGGCAUGACAGGCAUAUAAUGAAGAAGAAAUUUGAAGUGGGUCAGAAAGAUUUGCUCUGCAACUCAAGACUUAGGCUUUUUCUCAGAAAACCUAAGUCAAGAUGGUUCGAAUCCUUCAUAGUUACUAAGGUUUACCCAUAUGGAGCAAUUGACAUUUCUCAUGAACAAAAAGGCACUUUUAAGGUCAAUAGGCAGAGGCUGAAGCCAUACAUUAAUGGAGCUUUGAGUUGCAAGACGUUGCCCAUCAGACUUGACAUUCUGGAAUGA